AUGUUUGCCUAGAGAGCACUCUUUAUCAUAUUAUCUUGCUAUCUCUCUUUUCUGAAUUCCUAAUAGGAAGCAUCACAGGAUAAAUUAAAUUCAACGAAUGGUGAAGAUAUUGAUCCUCUAAUAAAUGCUUUGAAAAAGGUUUCUAUUUAAUAUCCUGAUUAGAAAAUAGCAUUGUUGGAUAUAGGAGCAAAUCUUGGAUGGUUCACAUUUAUCGCUGCUUCACUUGAUUACAAUGUAAUUGCAUUUGAACCAUAUGAGCCUAACUAUAAGGCUAUAGAGUAUGCAAUGUGUCUUAACUAAAAUGUAAGCAAUCUCAUUUAACUAGAGAAAUUCGCCUUAGGUACUAAAAAUGAGAGUUGCAAUUUAUAUUCACAUGACUAUAAUACAUAAAAUGGAAUUAUUAGAUGCGGUGAUGAUAUUAAUGACCAUUCUAAAUUACUUGACGUUUCUAUAGUUUUAUUUAGAUAGGAGGUACCUAUAAGAACCUUAGAUUCGUAUUCGAAAACCAUAUCACCUAAUAUUAAGAUUGGAGUCUUAAAAAUUGAUGUUGAAGAGUUUGAAUAUGAUGUGCUUUUGGGAGGGAAAACUUUUCUGAAAGAUCAUAAAAUACCUUAUAUUGUAUAAGAAUAUAGUCUAAUAAGUUAUGGCGCUAAUUAAGAAGACCAUUUUAACAUAUUUAAAGACUUGGGGUAUGUAGCAAGGCUGACAGGAUUUAAUGGAUAGGAGUUCUAAACUUUCAAUGAACUAAAAGCGAAAAUAAUAUCAUUGGUAGGAUAUCGCUAAAUUGAGCUAUUUUUUGUUCUCAGCACAUUUGAAAGCUAGUGUGUGGGCUCGAAUCCUGAUGAAACUUGCAAUAGCUACCAAUGA